CUUUCAAGGGAUUUGAUAGCUUUUGAUUCCAGGAGGCAAACUCUAUAUUUUUUCUUUGGUUUCCAAAGAAGAUAACUUUUUCUUUUUUCUUUACAGAAAAGAAAGGAUGUCAACUGGUACUAGAGAAACGAUGUUGGACCCGUUAAAAACCUGGAAAUUCCUUGUUUGGCCAACGAUUACAAUCAAACCCAUUGAUCUAUUAGUUUUCUUAUUAAAAACAAUUCUAGCUAUUUUCACAGUUGCUUCAAUUUCUCUCUUUUUGUACUUUGCUUUCUCUAGCCAGCCCCGGUUGCUUUCUUCUCCCAACUACAGUAAUAACCCUGUUCGUACUUUCGAUCACCAUAAGUCCAUUUCCAGGAAUAUUUCCGGUCAGCUUUAUGAAAGGACAAAUUUGUCCCACAUCCAGUUUGGCAUCGGUGGCUCAGCCAAGACCUGGAACCAGCGCCGCCAUUACUGUGAACUGUGGUGGAGACCUAAUGUUACCCGCGGGUUCGUUUGGCUUGAUGAGAAGCCUCCGAAUGAUGAAAACUUGCCACCAACAUCGCCUCCGUACAAAAUCUCCCAGGAUACUUCCUUGUUCAAGUACACAUGCCCGUACGGAUCACGCUCAGCUGUUCGGAUGGCCCGUAUAGUAAAGGAAAGCUUCGAGCUUGGAUUGGAUAACGUGCGAUGGUUCGUAAUGGGAGAUGAUGAUACAGUAUUUUUCCUGGAAAAUUUGGUAUCUGUUUUAGACAAAUAUGAUCAUAAUCAAAUGUAUUACAUUGGUGGAAAUUCUGAGAGCGUUGAGCAAGAUGUGAUACACUCUUAUAACAUGGCAUAUGGUGGCGGUGGAUUUGCCAUAAGCUACCCUUUAGCAGCUGAGUUGGUUAAGGUUUUAGAUGGCUGCGUUGAUCGAUACUCGUCGUUCUAUGGGUCAGAUCAAAAGGUUCAGGCUUGCAUGAGCGAGAUUGGUAUUCCUGUUACUAAAGAGCUUGGUUUCCAUCAGGUUGAUAUUCGAGGGGACCCUUAUGGUUUACUGGCAGCACAUCCUCUGGCGCCGUUGGUGUCACUUCACCAUCUAGACUAUGUUCAACCCAUUUUUCCGGGGAUGACCCAGAUUGAUUCACUCAAGAAGCUAAUUAGUGCUUAUGAAAAGGAUCCAAGUCGGGCCCUACAGCAAAGUUUCUGUUAUGAUUUAAAGCGUAAUUGGUCUGUUUCAGUGUCUUGGGGCUACACUUUGCAGUUGUAUCCAUCUCUAGUUACGGCUAAGAAACUUGAAGCGGCAUUUUUGACGUUUCAAUCAUGGAGGACAUGGAACAAUGGGCCCUUCACGUUUAACACCCGACCCAUUGGUAAAGACCCGUGUGAGAGACCUGUUAUGUAUUUCUUGGAUCGUGCUCAGAGGGUUAAUGGGGAUAGGACCCUGACCACUUACACAAGGCAUGUUGAAGAGUCAGCCAAAGAAUGUGAAAGGCCGGACUAUGCCCCUGCCUUGGCCGUCAAAGUCUUCAAUGUCUCGAGUGCAAGGUUGAACCCUGCCAUUUGGAAGAUGGCACCACGUAGACAAUGCUGUGAGGUUAUCAACGGCGGAGAUGGGGUGGGCAACGUGGUCCAGGUCAAGAUCAGAGACUGCAAUCGGUUUGAGAGCGUGACUCCUCCGUAGAAUGUGCCAAAACAUUCACACUGCCGCAAAGGAUCUGCUUAAGGAGAAUUACAAAUUGAUACAGUCCACUGAGAAUAUUUAACUAACAAUAUUUAUCGAAAAGGAAAUAAAGUUCCCUGUAAAUAAAAAAAUCUAUCUACACUUGUGGAUCUACUUGCAUUUCCCGAGCCAUGUUUUUUGAUUUGCCCUUAUUUGGGUUUGACCAACUCUUCCCCUUUAUCCUUGAGUUGGCAUUUAG